CACGAAUACUCAGUCUAUUCUGACACAUAACCUAAAAUGUUCUAGAAAAUAAGUUGAAAUUUAAAAUGAGAUUUUUAAUCUAUGUUUUCUUAUUAUCAAUUAUAUUUGUAAAUUUAUUCGAAGCUAAAGACCUUGUGGUGGGUACGAGAGUGAACAAUUUGUUAAUAUCUACAGAGAAAGUUGUUUACCGCGCAAUACCGCUUAUAAAAAGAGAUAAGGACUACACAUUCAUUGAUCCGAAGCAUAGGAUUAUAAAGGGUAUCAUAGCUCGAGAUCUGUCACGCUCGGACGCUCGUGCAACGGUGACACAGGGAGGGUUGGGUUCCACCAAUGUCACCAUACACUUCCAAAGCGAACGGGGAGAGGGACUCAACUAUUUAGUACUGAUAUUCACUAAGAAUACAUGAGAUUACUAAUGAAUAUAUCUUGUUAUGCACUGAUGUCAACUGAAAUGAACUUUCGCAAGUCAAUGUUAAAUGUAAUUUUAC